AUGAAGUUCACGGACGGGAUGUGGUGUCUCCGGGAGGGAUAUACUAUCGACUGGAUGAGCAACGUGGAGCGGUUCGCAGUCGAGGACGAUGCUGUACAAUUGCUUCUAAACAAAUACCAGCGGCACCGGGGCGACACGUUGAAUUCUUCGGCGAUUUCGGCCGAAGUGACAUCCCCACUUGAGGGUGUUAUUGGAGUGAAAUUAGUCCACUGGGCUGGCCAAUUAGACAAUGGACCGCACUUCCAUCUCAACUCAACAAAAGGCCAUGCAAAGAUAAGCUCUGCUGAUGGUGCGGUCAACUACCAGAGCGGACUUCUCAAUCUCAACAUCAAAACCUCUGCCAACGACCUCGAGUUUGUCUGGUCCACCGACACUCAGAAGAAACUAACUGGCCAUUCAGUCCGUUCGAUCGGAUAUGUGAGAGAUCGCACAACCGACAAAACGCGCUGGGAGGACGGGCUCUACAUUGAACAUGAAGGCUACAUGCUCGCCGAACUCGACCUGGGCGUGAACGAAAAGCUAUACGGACUUGGCGAGAGAUUUGGCCCAUUUGUCAAGAACGGUCAAUCGGUUGAUAUAUGGAAUGAAGACGGCGGAACUUCAUCUGAACUGGCAUAUAAGAAUAUUCCUUUCUAUCUGAGUUCUAAGAGAUAUGGAGUUUUUGUGCGUCAUGCUGGGAAAGUUAGCUUUGAAUUGCAAAGUGAGCGGACCACGAGGGUUAAUAUCUCUGUCCCAGGCCAGGAAUUAGAGUAUUUUGUGAUAUAUGGGAGUACACCUAAGGAAGUAUUGAGACGGUAUACGGCCUUGACAGGCCAGCCGAGUUUGGUGCCUUCUUGGAGUUAUAACCUGUGGCUUACAACAAGCUUUACAACUAAUUAUGAUGAGCAGACCGUCACUGGCUUCUUGGACGGGUUCCGAGAUCGCGAUAUUCCGCUUGGUGUUUUUCACUUUGACGCAUUCUGGAUGAAGUCGUACCAAUGGUGCGAUUUGCAGUUUGAUGAAGACUAUUUUCCCAAUGCAACAGCAUAUCUCAAACGACUUAAAGAUCGUGGGUUACGAAUCAGCGUUUGGCUUAAUUCAUAUAUCGGACAAGCUUCACGACUUUUUAAAGAGGGAAAAGAGAAGGGAUAUUUCAUCAAGCGCCUCGAUGGUUCUGUUUGGCAAUGGGACUUGUGGCAGGCCGGUAUGGCCAUUAUCGACUUCACCAACCCCGAAGCAUCAGAAUGGUUCACCAAUCAUCUCAUGCGGCUGAUGGAUAUGGGCGUAGACUCCUUCAAAACCGACUUUGCCGAGCGCAUUCCAUUCAAGAACGUCAAAUUCCACGAUGGGUCCGACCCGGUGCGCAUGCACAAUUACUAUUCACUACUCUACAACAAAGCCGUCUACGAGGCAAUGACACGUCGGGUGGGUAAAGCAAAAGGUCUCCUUUUCGCUCGCAGCACUGCUCCUGGCGGCCAAGCAUACCCGGUGCACUGGGGCGGAGACUGCGAGAGUACAUUCGAAGCAAUGGCUGAAUCUCUCCGCGGCGGACUCAGUCUGAUGCUCUCUGGAUACAUCUUCUGGGCAUCGGAUAUCGGCGGAUUUGAAGGCACACCACCGCCCGCCCUUUACAAACGUUGGGUGCAAUUCGGUCUUCUGUCCUCACACUCCCGUCUGCAUGGAUCAGGAUCAUACCGCGUUCCAUGGAUAUACGGCGAAGACUGUAGUGAAGUCCUCCGAGACUGCGUCAAACGUAAGAUUUCCCUCACGCCGUAUAUCCUGCAGGAAGCACUGAACGGGCAUCGAAGCGGUGUGCCGCUAAUGAGAGCAAUGUUCCUGGAAUUCCCUGACGAUCCAAACACAUAUUCUAUCGACACGCAGUACAUGUUUGGCAGCAACCUCCUCGUAGCACCGGUUUUCACAGAGGACGGGUCCGUGUCGUUCUACGUGCCGCGCAGCAGCGAAGAUGAUACUCGUGGGAAAUGGGUAUCCUGGUUCGACUAUGACAAGACUUAUGAGUCGGGCCAGUGGUAUCACGAGACGCACGACUUUUCAUCUCUACCUAUUCUUAUCCGGCCCGGAACGGUGACGCCAGUGAACCGCAAGCUCAAAACACCCCAGGACGAUCCACUCAAUGGGCUGGAAUUUAUAGUAUGUGGUGAGGUCGAAGACGCAAAAGUUGAAGUCGUGGAUCCGGAGGAUGUACACGAGGUUAUCAAAAUCGCUGAGUUUGCUUCGAUUCAAGAUGGAAAGAAUGUGAGGAUUGUGGCAUAG